AUGCCCGGCAAGGAAGUGAAGAAGACCACGAAGGCCACGAAGCCCGCCGCAAAGGCGGCAGCCCCCUACAAGAAGGAGAAGGCCACAGCGCCCUCACCUUUCGUGGCUCGCCCAAAGAACUUCGGUAUUGGCCACGAUGUCCCAUACUCCCGCGAUCUCUCACGCUUCAUGCGGUGGCCCACGUUCGUGACGAUGCAGCGCAAGAAGCGUGUGCUGCAGCGCCGCCUGAAGGUGCCACCAGCGCUCCACCAGUUCACAAAGGUGCUCGACCGCUCCAGCCGCAACGAGCUCCUGAAGUUGGUGAAGAAGUACGCUCCUGAGACCCGCAAGGCCCGCAAGGAGCGCCUGGCAAAGGUCGCGGAGGAGAAGAAGAACAACCCAAAGAAGACCGUCUCGACAAAGGCUCCUCUCAGCGUUGUCUCUGGACUUCAGGAGGUGACCCGCACCAUUGAGAAGAAGACCGCCCGCCUUGUGGUGAUUGCCAACAAUGUGGACCCCAUCGAGCUGGUGCUGUGGAUGCCCACACUUUGCCGUGCCAACAAGAUCCCAUACGCCAUUGUGAAGGACAAGGCACGCCUUGGUGACACAAUUGGCCAGAAGACGGCCGCAUGUGUGGCGAUCACUGAUGUGAACGCAGAGGACGAAGCAGCUCUGAAGAACCUGAUCCGCUCCGUGAACGCCCGCUUCCUGGCCCGCAGUGAUGUCAUUCGCCGCCAGUGGGGAGGUCUGCAGCUCUCUCUGCGCUCCCGCGCCGAGCUUCGCAAGAAGCGCGGUCGCAACGCUGGAAAGGACGCUGCUGCUGUUGUCGCAUAA